AACACAUACAGUGCUUCCAGUAAUGUCGAACCAUCAACGAUAUUCUAGCAGGGGUUUGCCCAACAAAACCCAUCAACAAAGGUUUGUACCUAGACCGGCGGCUCUCAAUUCGAAUCCGACCCUCUCCGAUUCUCUUCGACAACAACAAUCAUCUUCUUCUAGCAGUUCCAGUGGGCAGCGUAGGAUCCAAGGUGGUAGUGGUGGUGGAAGUUUUGUAAAUUACUUACCGCAGGAUGAGGCGGUUGCGGCAGGUCUAGGUGCUGAGGAAGGUGGUCUGGAUCCUGUUGAAUCUCAGGCAGUUGUGGACUUGUUGAAUACAGAGUGUUCUCUCUUGCUCAAGUUAAAUCCCAAAGAUUUCUGGAGAGAAGUGGCUAGUGAUACUUCUCUUCAUGUUUUCUUGGAAAGUUUCUUAAAGUUUAGAAACAGAUGGUAUGACUUCCCUUAUCGUGGAGCCAAGGGAAUGGUUGCAGGGGUGAUUGUUGGUGAGCAUGAGCUAAGUCGACGUGCAUUUAUGAUUCUCUAUCGCAUAUCUUCAAAUCGAGAUCCUGGUGCCAAGGCUUCUGAUAGUCUAAGUGCAAAAGAUCAUGCAGUCAUUUUGCAGGAAAAGAAGUUGCUCGACUUGCCUAAGCUGCUAGAUAUAUGUGCCAUAUACGGGCAUGAGAAUGAAGAGUUGACGCGAUUACUUGUUACAAAUGCAAUAAAAGUCCAGCCUAUGAUCCAUGACAGUUUCACUAAAGUUAUUUCUCAUUUUUCUAACAUAGUUCAUACCAUGUAUGAGCGCUGCAGCACAUCUUUAGAGGUUCUAUUUUCAUCUCAUGAUGCCCAAGAUGGUUCCAAUCGACUUCACACAGACUAUCUAGAGGUAAUGGACUUUAUAAAUGAUGCCAUUGUAUCAAUGGAUGCUUUGGUUAGUGCUUACAAGCAUGCAGCUGUCUACUUUUCCUGCCCCGUUGAAACAAGUUAUGGAAGCGAUGAAUUGCUUAAAAUCCUUGCAAGACUGCAUGAUUCAUUGUUGCCAACUUUGCAGCAGGGAUUUAAAAUAAUAUUUUCAGCAAAGAAAGAUGGAUCUCAAUUGACCUCUUCAGACAUGUUGCCAAACAUUGCCACUAGUCUGAAGAUGUUAUCAUCUAGAAUAGUUGAUUUUUGUUGGAAAUUACUGAAUUUAUGUUAUCUAGGUGAAGAAUUGUUUGGAGAGAAUAAUUCUCUUCCAUCUGCCUCAAAGAUAUUUCCAGCCCAAGUGGAAGACCCGAUCAUCAGGAUAGACAUUUUGGUUCAGACGUUUCGGGAAAUUAGCGAAGAAUGUUCAACUGUUAAAGAGGGAGGGAGUGUCAAUUCGUUGCUUCAAAGUGUUGACAAGAAGUACCAUUUGAUGGGAAGACUUGAGCUCUUAUGUAAUGAAGGGUGGAUCUCAAUGGAUAACGAACAGUUGCAGUUUCUUUCUCGAAUCAUGUUAGUUCCUGCGAGCAAGGAGAUACCGCAUUUGCCAUCUACAACAAACAAGGUGGAAAUGGAUGAAGAUAAUGCAAUAAUUGAAUCAAAAAUCAGUCAAGUAAAAGAUCUCUUUCCUGAUUAUGGUAAAGGCUUCAUUUCUGCUUGUCUUGAAGUAUAUAACCACAACCCUGAGGAAGUCAUCCAGAGGAUUCUUGAGGGAACCCUUCAUAGUGACCUUCUUUCCCUUGAUACUUCUCUAAUGGUAGUUCCAACCAAAACCACUCCUCCUGUGACCCAAAAAGAUAAAGGCAAAGGAAUAUUGGUCGAACUUCCAACACCCACAAAUGUUGUACCGCUUGUAGGCAAACCACAACUUGAAGGCCCAUCUUCAACAUCUUCUUCAGUUGGAAGAUUUAUCAGGAAAUCGACCACAAACGUGCCUGAUCCUCAAAUCCUCGAUACCAAAGAUGAAACUGCCAAGAAUUUUGCUCUUCAAUCACUGCUAGAAUAUGAAGAUGAGUAUGAUGAUUCUUUUGAUGAUCUUGGUCUAAGUGUUGGUGAUUCAGGACUGGAUGAUUUGAACGAGAAGGUAACUUCUACCGACACUUCGGCUUCAGAUGCUUCCCGAUGGGGGUCACGACAAAAACCCCAGUUUUACGUCAAAGAUGGUAAGAAUUACAGUUAUAAGGUAUCAGGUUCUGUGGCUGCUGCAAAUUACAAUGAAGCAUCUAUAGUUAAUCAAGCGCAAAAAGAAAUGAUUCAUGGGCUUGGUCGUGGAGGUAAUAUCCCUUUAGGUGCAGCAAAGAAAGUGAUGGAAGUAACUGAAGGAAAACAUGGGGAGGAUAAUGAGUUUGUUGGUGAACGAGGAAGAGGCGGCAGAGGGCGGGGUGGAAGGAGAGGAGGGGGGAGGAGUAAUCAUUAUCGGAAGGAUCAAGCAAUGAAAAAACACUUUUCUGGGCUCAGUGGCUUUUGAUGAACAGAUAAUUUAAAUGGUUGUUCAUAGUUGCAUACAUGUUCAAAGCACAAUCCUCGUAUCAUGGUAUGUGUGGUUUUUCGUUUUUUGGUUACAGUGGGGUUGUUAAUCGUUACCCCAUAUACUAUAUUUUUGCCCUUUAGUUUCUUAUGGCAAGCGGGGAUGGAAAGUUUUGAUAUUACGACACCCGAACUACAGAAGUGGUAUAGUAUUUUGUUUAUGCAAUUAUAUGAAAUAGGCUUAAAUCA